AUGAAGAUACUGGGCCAGGUAGCUUUUCUGCUUAUGCUAGGGGGCAUCUGCUGUCAGAACAACCGCAAUGCCAAAUCCAGUGGCAGGGCCUCCAAGAGGUCUGGGAACCAAGGAGGAGGAGGCGACGUUGCCCAAUCUCCACCCGAGGAUGUCUCCACCCCUAGGCCUGGAGGAGCAGCCGAGACAGCGAGGGAGGAAAACCCGGGAGGUCGAGCAGCUGUGCAACAGUCAGAUGACAUGAGACUGCAUUUUCUCAAAAACGCCCAGGUCACCUGUAAUGAUGGAACAGCAGCUGGGUUUUACCUAAAGGAGUUCAGAGGAAGCCGCCGAUGGCUGUUAUUUCUGGAAGGUGGUUGGUGCUGUUACAACAAAGAGAGCUGUGAUUCCAGGUACCAAAAUAUCCCGCGACUCAUGAGCUCAUCGGAUUGGCCCCAAACAAAAAGAGGAAGUGGAAUAUUGUCUACUCAAGCAGAGGAAAAUCCCCACUGGAAUAAUGCAAACAUUGUAUUCAUCCCAUACUGCUCGAGUGAUGUAUGGAGUGGGACUGGGCCUGCUCCAUCCCCUACUAGACCACGCCAGGGAAGGGAGAGAGAUGCAACUGAGUACACUUUCAUGGGAUCCCUGAUCAUCCGUGAGGUCAUCAGAGACCUCAUCCCCAAAGGAAUCAAGCAGGCCAAGGUUGUCAUGCUGGCUGGCACAAGUGCUGGGGGCACAGGUGUUUUGCUAAAUAUCGAAAGAGUGGCCAGUCAGCUGGAGCAGCUUGGUGCAGAGGCCCAGGUCCGAGGCCUGGUGGACUCUGGAUGGUUUCUAGAGAGUAAACAGCAGACAGCCCCAGACUGCCCAGAGACUAUAUCCUGCACACCUGAGGAUGCCAUCAAGAAGGGUCUCAGAUUGUGGAAUGGGGUUGUGCCUGAUAGGUGCAGGCAGCUCUAUAAGAGAGGAGAGGAGUGGCAGUGCUUCUUUGGCCAUAAGAUGUACUCUACAUUGACCUCCCCUCUGUUUGUUGUGCAGUGGCUGUUUGAUGAGGAGCAGCUGAGGGUUGAGAACAUCUAUAUGGGACGACAGAGCCUAUCAGCAGAGCAAUGGAUCUACAUGCAAAACCUGGGCAAGGAGAUCAAGAACUCUCUCCGAGAUGUUACGGCUGUAUUUGCUCCCUCUUGCCUGUCUCACACAUUGAUCACUAAAAGUAACUGGAUGAAUUUCCAAGUUAAAGGCACUUCUCUGCCACGGGCCCUGCAGUGUUGGGAUAGGAGUCUCCAGGAAGCCAACCGUAACAACAGGACCCCUUUAAAAGGCUGUCCCUUCCACCUUGUGGAUACCUGCCACUGGCCGCAGUGCAACCCCACCUGCCCGGCCUUGGUGGACCAAGUCACCCAACAAGAGUUAACCUUGCUUCAAAUGCUGGUAGCAAUGGGCCUUGAUCCCCAAAGAUUGGGCUUAGAUCCCCAAAGAGAUGCCGGCUUCCUGGCUAGCAUGGUCAGUAAUGGUGGCUAA